AUGCAAUACCAUAGACUAAAUCACUACUCGGAUCAGGCUCCCGAAUUCUUCAAAUCCUGGGAAGGUGGCUACAAAUUUGAAUCGCCCAUGUGCGUGGAACUGUUGCCUGCAGAGGCCUUAUCCAAUGACGCAUGCAGCGAACCUUGGAACACUUCUCAGGUUAGCCUGACUGCAACAAGUACCACGACCAAGAAAUUCAAAGCCACGCGCGCCUAUCCUAUUGGAGUGUUUCAAUCCCACAACUUCUAG